CAAGGAAGUGCAGCAUCCUCUGUCACUUUACUCACUUCAGAUCCACUCAGGUCUGCUUGCAAAAGGAUCUAUCAGAUCAAUAAACAUGAAUGACAAAGAGUACAGCACCAUCUAUGACACAGUCCAAAAAGUGGGGAUGUAUGAGGUUCCAGACCAGCCAGCAGAAAAUGAAAGCGCCCAUAAUGAUGACAUGCUUGAAGACUCGAGGUCAGAAAACAGUUUAUAUGCCACUGAGCUGGAAUCUCAUUACUAUAACUCUGUACCGGUUUAUGCUGUUGGCGGUGAAGAGAACAGUUGGGCCUCUUCCCAACCGAAAGCAGAAAGCGACCUCCUGCCUGAUGAAGUAUGCCCUGAGGCCCAGGAUCUUCCACCAGGUGGGCCUCAGGAGGAGAAGGACAUCUCAAUGGAAGAAUUACACUCACCAACUCAAGACCAGGAGCCUAGCCCAGCAGAGCCACAGGAGAAUGGAAGUAUGAUGAAAGAAGACCUGCCUUCUCCUUCAAGCUUCACCGUCCUGGAGAGCAGUGAAGGUCCCCCCACCUGCUACUCUGCUGCUGAUGGUUUGGAAGAAAAUGAAUCAUCUUCCACAGACCCUCAGAUUACCCUCUUUGUGAAGGCUGGAAUUGACGGGGAAAGCAUUGGCAACUGUCCCUUCUCUCAGCGUCUCUUUAUGAUACUUUGGCUGAAAGGAGUCGUGUUCAAUGUCACCACUGUGGAUCUGAAAAGAAAGCCAGCCGACCUGCACAACCUAGCCCCUGGCACCCAUCCGCCCUUCCUGACCUUCAACGGGGAUGUGAAGACAGACGUCAACAAGAUCGAGGAGUUCCUGGAGGAGACUUUGACCCCUGAAAAGUACCCCAGACUGGCUGCGAAACACCGGGGAUCCAACACAGCAGGCAUCGACAUCUUCUCCAAGUUCUCCGCCUACAUCAAAAACACGAAACAGCAAAACAAUGCUGCCCUUGAGAGAGGCCUGACCAAGGCUCUGAAGGAACUGGAUGACUACCUGAACACCCCUCUGCCAGAGGAGAUCGACGCCAACACUCGCGGGGACGAUGACAAGCGGUCCCGACGCAAGUUCCUGGAUGGGGACGAGCUGACCUUGGCCGACUGCAAUCUAUUGCCCAAGCUCCAUGUGGUCCAGAUUGUGUCCAGGAAAUACCGCAACUACAAUUUCCCAGCUGAGAUGACAGGCCUGUGGCGGUAUCUCAAGAACGCCUAUGCCCGGGAUGAAUUCACCAACACCUGUGCAGCUGACUCGGAGAUUGAGCUGGCCUACGCAGAUGUUGCCAAGCGCCUCAGCCGAUCCUGAGCACAGCCGCCUUGCUCCAUCCCUGCUGCAGAACUCUGCUUCUCCCAAAGGACUCCAGCUUCACAGACUCCUCUUUCCGCAUUGCCUCGAGA